UUACCAUCUGGCAUAAGUUUUGUUUGAAGGGGCCACGAAAUAUUCAGGGUUGGUGAUUGAGUACUGGAAUAGCACGACACGAUUAAUGUGAUACGGGUCAAUGCAAAGCUUGUUAAAACUCAAUGAGUGCUGUGAAUGAAAGAAAACUGUUACAUAGACCACAAAAUUCUGUGACAAGAUUGCAUUUCUCUUUGCUUUGUUGUUAGUUAGACCAGGCCAAAUAUCAUACAGACCAGGCAUUAAAAGUCUGAAAAUGGGAUAUGGGUCUUAGUUUUUUACGCAUUUGUUGGAGCUUCGCCAUCGGUAAUUACACUUGGGACAAACGGAGGUCACUAUAUUACUUUCUAUAAUGCAUUUGGUUUGGCAAGACAGGCAUUGGCUUCAUUGGCCUAAUCACCGUUUCCGAAGAAAAGUGAGCUAGAAUUUAUAGUUUGGAAUGGUGGGAGGUGACAAAAACGAAAGCCCAUCCAGUUUGAUGAUGGGCAAUGAGAAGGAAAGAGGCCCAAGAGAUGCCUUGUUUGAACCACGAGCUAUUAAGGGAACAAAUCAUCUGAAGAUGGCCAAUGCUCUAACCUCAAUUAUUCUUGUGAUACUUUUCUGUCGGUCAGCAGUUGGUUUGAGAACAAGGCUGUUUUCCAACAAAGAUUGGGUCCUAGAUGCAGAUGAGGGUAUUUGUAAACUGAUGGUGGAGACACAGGGCUAUGCCUGCGAAGAACAUAAGGUAACAACACAGGAUGGUUAUAUUCUCAGUGUGCAGAGAAUUCCAGUGGGCCGGUCUGGUGAGGCAUCAGCUGAGAGGGCACCAGUACUGUUGCAGCACGGGCUCCUGAUGGAUGGGAUAACAUGGUUGCUGUUACCUCCAGACCAGUCUUUGGCAUUCAUGUUGGCAGAUAGUGGGUUUGAUGUGUGGAUUGCAAACACUCGUGGAACCAAGUAUAGCCGUGGGCAUACUUCGUUGGAUCCUGGGGACUCGGCUUUUUGGGAUUGGUCAUGGGAUGAGUUGGUAUCAUAUGAUCUUCCUGCUAGCUUCCAGUAUGUACACGACCAAACAGGACAGAAACUGCACUAUGUUGGGCAUUCCCUGGGCACUCUGAUUGCUUUGGCUGCCUUUUCCCAGAAUCAGCUGUUGAGCAUGUCAAGAUCAGCUGUCUUGCUUAGCCCAAUUGCUUAUGUGGGUCAAAUGACAUCCCCACUAGCAAGAAAUGCUGCUGAUAAUUUUAUAGCUGAAUCCUUGUACUGGUUGGGUCUUGAUGAAUUCGAUCCAAGAGGGGUUGCUGUAGUUAAUCUUCUAAAAGCCAUCUGCAAGAAACCCGGUGUUGACUGCACUGACUUGUUGACCUCUUUCACAGGCCAAAACUGCUGCCUCAACCCUUCCAUUGUAGAUGUUUUUCUAGAGCAUGAGCCUCAAUCAACAGCAACAAAGAACACAAUCCAUCUAUCUCAGAUGAUCAGAGAAGGAACAUUAGCUAUGUACGACUACGAGGACGAGGAUGAGAACAUGGAACACUAUGGGCAGCCUACUCCUCCUGUGUACAACAUGACAACCAUUCCAAAUGACCUUCCUCUCUUCCUCAGCUAUGGUGGGCAGGAUGCACUUUCUGAUGUUAAUGAUGUGCAACUCCUGCUGGAAAGCCUCAAAGAUCAUGAUGGAGAUAAGCUUGUGGUGCAGUACAGAGAGGACUAUGCACAUGCAGAUUAUGUUAUGGCUUCCAAUGCCAAGCAAGCUGUGUAUGAUCCUCUCAUUGCUUUCUUCAAGCUUCAAUAAACUGGGAAAAAGUUUGUCAACUAUAGUCUGAUUUUGUUAUACAUUUUCCUUGGUGUGAAAAAUUGUAUUCCAACUGUCAUAGUAGCUUUUAUGCUAAUACAGCUAAAUUUUUUGAGUUA